GCAGACGCCAUUUUCGGCCUGACAUUUCGAGAGUGUUUGACGGGACUUUGUUGUGCUGCCGGAAAAGUAAAAAAUCCGGGUGAAAAAACCUCUCCAGUUGUGCGGAAAGUACUGAAUUUGAUCCCAGAGAAAUGGCUCUAGUGUGUGCUAUUACAAAUGAAGUUCCGGAUCAACCUGUCGUUUCACCCCAUUCGGGGGCUAUUUUUGAGCGGAGGAUCAUUGAGAAGUAUAUUGUUGAGAAUGGAUGUGAUCCUAUCAGUGGGAAGGAGCUGAAGGUGGAGGAGUUGAUUGAGAUAAAGACGCCGCCGAUUGUCAAGCCAAAGCCACCGAGUGCAACGAGUAUUCCGGCAACUCUGAAGACAAUGCAGGAUGAAUGGGAUUCACUGAUGCUGCACACUUUCACGCAGCGUCAGCAACUUCAGACGGCAAGGCAGGAGCUGAGUCAUGCUCUAUAUCAGCACGAUGCUGCCUGCAGGGUGAUUGCCAGGUUGAAUAAGGAAGUGACAGCAGCUAGGGAGGCUCUGGCUACAUUGAAGCCACAGGCAGGGAUAAAUAUUACGACAGGAGUGCCACAGCCGGCCAUUGGGGCUGAGGCGGCAGGAAUUGCGACGCAGCCGGUGGAACAGGUGGGCAUGAGUGCUGAGAUCAUUCAGAAGUUGCAGGAGAAGGCAACUGUGUUGACGCAGGAGCGUAAGAAACGUGGUAGAUCUGUCCCAGAGGAGCUCAUUGGGCAGGAUACAAUACGUGGAUUUCACACUUUGGCUUCCCAUCCGGGUCUGCAUUCAGCCAGUGUUCCGGGAAUUCUGGCUCUGGACAUCAGUGUCUCUGAUCACAAUAAGAUCAUUACGGGAGGAAAUGAUAAGAAUGCUGCAGUGUUCAAUAAGGAUACCGAACAGGUCAUUGCGAUCCUCAAGGGACACACGAAGAAAGUGUCAAAGGUUAUCUAUCAUCCGGAAGAAGAUUAUGUUAUUACUGGAUCUCCGGAUACGACUAUUCGCAUUUGGAAUGUCCCAACUUCGCAAACAACUCUCCUGCUCCGUUGCCACGAUCAACCUGUCACUGGACUAUCUCUUCAUCCUACCAGUGAUUACAUCCUGUCCACUUCUGCAGACAAACACUGGGCUUUCUCUGACAUUCGUACUGGACGUCUUCUCACUAAAGUCCUCGAUACUUCUGACGUGGGCCUUACCACGGCCCAAUUCCAUCCGGACGGAUUGAUUUUUGGCACAGGAACUGAGGAUUCUCAGGUAAAAAUUUGGGAUCUCAAGGAGCAGAGCAAUGUGGCCAAUUUCCCCGGGCAUACUGGCCCAAUUACAGCAAUCUCCUUCUCCGAGAAUGGCUACUACUUGGCUACAGCUGCAGAUGAUUCGUGCGUAAAACUCUGGGAUUUGCGCAAAUUGAAGAAUUUCAAGACUAUCCAGCUGGAGGAUGGACAAGAGGUCAAAGAUCUCUGCUUCGAUCAGAGUGGAACAUACUUGGCAAUUGCCGGAACAGACAUCAGGAUUUAUCUGUGUAAGCAGUGGCAGGAACUCAAAGUGUUUCAGGAUCACACGGCAAUGGCUACUGGAGUGAGAUUUGGGAAACACGCUCAGUACUUGGCGUCCACGAGUAUGGAUCGAACCCUCAAGCUCUAUGGCUUUGAGUAAGAAUCUUUCAGCAAAAUAUUUACUAAGAAUUUCCUACUGUAAUCGUCGUGUUUUAAGAAAAUAAAUGCAUUUUAGAAGUGGA